AUGGUACUCCCUCACCCUUUCGAUCCUCUCUCUGCCGAUGAGAUCUCGGCUUCCGUCGACAUUGUCAAGAAGUACCAUUCCGGGCCAUGCUACUUCAACGUCGUCUCUCUGCACGAGCCUCGCAAGGCUGAGAUGCUCCGAUGGCUCGAGCAUCCUUCCGACAGCAACCGUCCUGCCCGAAUUGCUGAUGUUGUUGUCAUUCUUCCUGACGGAAAGGUCUAUGAUGGUCUUGUCGACCUCAAGACCAAGAAGGUGACUAAGUGGGAGAAGCUGGAUGGUCUUCAGCCUAUUAUCACCCCCGAGGAGCUCAACCAGGUCGAGACCAUCAUGCGAAAGGAUCCCGAGGUCAUCAAGCAAUGCGAGAUCUCUGGCAUCCCCGCGUCCGACAUGCACAAGGUCUACUGCGAUCCUUGGACCAUUGGCUACGAUGAGCGCUUCGGCAACUCUGUUCGCCUCCAGCAAGCCCUCAUGUACUACCGCCCCGACCCGGAUACCUUCCAGUACCAGUAUCCCCUCGACUUCUGCCCCAUUUUUGACGGCGCCAAGAAGGCCAUCAUCCACAUCGACAUCCCCAAGGUCCGACGUCCUCUCAGCCAGCAGAAGCCCAUUGACUACAUCCCCCGUGCUAUCGAGGCUGCUGGCGGAUACCGAAAGGACAUCAAGCCUAUCAACAUUACCCAGCCUGAGGGUGUUUCUUUCACCAUGAAUGGCCGUGUGCUGUCGUGGCAGAACUGGAAGUUCCACAUUGGCUUCAACUACAAGGAGGGUAUCGUGCUCAACCACAUCACCUUCAACGACAAGGGCAUUGAGCGUCCCGUCUUCUACCGUCUCUCGCUCUCUGAGAUGGUUGUGCCUUAUGGCAACCCUGAGCAUCCUCACCAGCGCAAGCACGCCUUUGAUCUCGGUGAAUACGGUGCUGGUUACCUGACCAACUCGCUGGCUCUCGGCUGCGACUGCAAGGGUGUCAUUCACUAUCUCGAUGCCGACUUUGCUACCCGCGAUGGUUCUAUCCGCACCAUCAAGAACGCUAUCUGCAUUCACGAGGAGGACAACGGUAUUCUCUUCAAGCACACCGACUUUAGAGAUGACUCCGUCACCGUCACUCGUGCCCGCAAGCUCAUCGUGCAGCAGAUCUUUACUGCCGCCAACUACGAGUACGCUUGCCAAUGGGUCUUCCAUCAGGACGGAACCAUCCAGCCCGAGAUCAAGCUCACUGGUAUCCUCAACACCUACUCUCUCAACCCUGGUGAGGAUGCUGGUCCUUGGGGUACUGAGGUGUAUCCCCAGGUCAACGCGCACAACCAUCAGCAUCUCUUCUGUCUCCGCAUCAACCCCAUGAUUGACGGAACAAAGAACACCGUCAACAUGGUCGACACAGUCCCCAGCGACGCUCCUGUUGGCAGCCCCGAGAACUUCUACGGCAAUGCUUUCUACGCCAAGAAGACCAAGCUUCGCACCAGCGGCGAGGCCAAGACUGACUACAACGGCGCUACGAGCCGCACAUGGGAGAUGGUCAACGAGUCCAAGCUUCACCCCUACAGCAAGAAGCCUGUCUCUUACAAGCUUGUGAGCAGAGAGGUUCCUGGUCUGCUGCCCAAGCCUGGUAGCUUGGUGUGGAAGCGUGCUGGCUUUGCCCGCCACGCCGUGCACGUUACUCCUUACCGUGACGAUGAGCUCUGGCCUGCUGGUCGCCACGUCCCCCAGACCUCUGGCGAGCCCUCAAUGGGUCUCCCCCAAUGGAUGGCCAACAACAACGAAUCUACCGAAAACACCGACAUCGUCCUCUGGCACACAUUCGGCGUGACACACAUCCCCGCCCCCGAGGACUUCCCCAUCAUGCCCGUCGAGCCUAUGACGCUGCUCCUGCGGCCGCGCAACUUCUUCACCAACAACCCCUGCAUGGACGUGCCUCCCAGCUACUCCAUCACCCCCACCCAGGUGGCUGAGAAGAAGGGCGCGCUGGAUCAGACCGACAAGGUUAGCCAGCUGGCUUUUGGUGGUAAGAGCUGCUGCUCGGGUGGAAGUGCUUCUGCUAGGCUGUAA